AGGUCAGCAGGAAUGGCUGUCUCGGCUCUUCGGCUGAUGGUUGUCCUGGGACUGUGUGCCCUAAUCCUGACAAGCCAGGCAGAUGACAACCCAAAGGAAGAUGAGAACCCAGAUGAGAAAUCAGAUAACAAUCCAGAUGACUCCAGUAAAAAGCCAGAGACAGAGUUCCCCAAAUUCUUAAGCCUCCUGGGUUCAGAGAUCAUUGAGAAUGCAGUGGAUUUCAUCCUUCGCUCCAUGUCCAGAGGAUCAAGUUUUAUGGAACUCGAUGAGGACCCUGGACAGCCAUCUUCAAAAGUGACCUCCUAAGGGCACACCCAUCUGGCAGCAGGACAAAGCAAGGACAGCCAGAUCCUGAACAUCCAGUUCUGUUUCCCAAAGUCGUCCAGAACCAGAGACCUCAAGGCAGCUCCCAGCAAGUUACUGGGAACGUAUCCCCGUUUUCAAAUAUAAUUCGAGCUUUUUGACCUUUCAUUCCUCUUUCCACAAAGCCGGGAAACGGCGUCCUCUUAGAGUUAUAGAAUUACAUACUUGACUUUACAGAGAUUUUUGUUGUUCCUGGCAAUUUUCCCUGGCAUCUUCAAUUUUGUAAUGAAGCAAAAAAUGAGAUUACAUAUUACAUAUAUAAAUGUACAUAAGCAAAUUCAAGGCUUCUUUAUAUAUACAAUAUACAUGUAUGGGAACAUAUUCUAAAAGAUAAAGUAACACAUUUAACAUUAAAAAGCCAGUAUGUAGUAAAAAGAGAAUUUAAUUCUUGCUCCAAAAACUAAGUUCUUAAUUUCUAAACAUAUGUGAGGUUUCAAUAUUUUACACAUUAUUUUUAAGUUUUCCAUUCAAAAUAUCUGAGCCUCAUGCCCUGUGUUUGUGAACUCAAAACUGAUCGACUGGUCUCCCUCUUUUCAUUCAAAUGUCUGGUUCUCAUCCGUGGUCAUUGUUCUGCUAGAAUAACAGAGUGUUGAGGAGGGAAGAGUGCCAAGACUGAAGAGUGCAGCCCUUUCCCACUACCACCUCAGUGCACAGAGCUGAGUCCUCAGCAGCCAUCGCAGCCCACUUGACAGACAUAUUCUCCCAAAACUACCUAAUACGUUCAGGAGGACAAGACUGAAGUUGUGGAGCAAGGUGACCAUGACAGGUCUAGAAUACAAAGCCAUUCUGUUUCCACUGUUCAGUCCACCAGAUUUGCCCCUGGGUCCUGUCUUUCUCCAGCAUUGCUGCUAAUCCAGUCCCACCCUGAACGCAGCCAUUGUAUUUUCAAUAACCAGUACUUGUCUGUCUUGAUGGUUUUAUUUAUCAGUGGAAAAUGAAAAUCAAUGUUGCAUUUUACAGUGAAUUGGGAUGGCCCACUCUU